GUCAGUGUCAGUUCACACCAGAUUCAAACUUCAGAGUUAGUACAAUAACAAAAAUAAACAUUAUUUUUAAAGUUAACAAAUAAUAUUUUAAAAUACAAUGGUGUGUGAAAAAUGUGAGAAGAAAUUAGGUCGUGUUAUUACUCCGGAUCCUUGGAAAACCGGCGCUAGAAACACAGUUGAAUCUGGUGGUAGAAAAGUUGGUGAAAAUAAAGCAUUAACUGCGAAAAAAGGAAGAUAUAAUCCAUAUACUUCUAAGUUCCAUGAAUGCAAGAUAUGUCGAACUAAAGUACACCAAGUUGGAUCACACUAUUGCCAAGCAUGCGCAUACAAAAAAGGAAUUUGUGCUAUGUGUGGAAAGAAAAUAUUAGAAACAGCCAACUAUAGGCAAAGUUCAACAUAGUGUUUAUAUCUCGUAGUUCUAAAAUCUGACUUAAAACUUUCCUGACUAAACAUAAUUUUGUUACAUUAUGUUUAUAAGUUUUCUUUCAUAGAAGCACUAAAGUGGAAUAGUUUAAAUGAAAAAUAUGGCUCAUUACUUAAUUCUCUUGUUGACGUGAAUGAAGAAAGAAUGAAAUCAAUCAACAGAAAAAUUCAGUUGGACAAUAUAGACUAUGCUGGUCUCCUACGGAGUAUACUGCAUGAACAAUCAGAAAAUGUAGCUGUGGUUAUUUUAAAUGUAUUUAUGUUUUUAUUUAUUCUGGCUCUGAUAUGAUAGGAUAAUACUAAUAAUUUAUUUUAUGAUAGGAUAUUAUUGUAGGAAAAUGACACUGCACCAGAUGAAUCUCUUUCAGAAGUAACAUCAAAAGAGAACUUAAUUGAGCCUAAAAAUCCUUUAAGAUACAAAGACAGUUCAGAUUCAGACUCCUUCUUCCAUAAGGAACCAACAAUUUAUGGUCCGAAUGAUAGUAUACCAAUGGAAAAUGCAAGAAUUAGAUGUGUCUAUGCCUGCCGUAACGCAUACAGAAGUGUGUGCAGAAGAUUUAGAACCGAAUGCACAUCAAAAAUGCGAAGAUAUUUCAGAAAGCAAUGUCGUACUGCCUGUCAAAGAAGGUUUUGAAAUAAAAAUAUAAUGAUUGAGUCUUUUGA